ACUAAUACGACUAUAAAGAAUGCAUGCAACUAGCAGUAGCAAACAAGUAAGCAGCUAUUGGCAAUAAGUAACUUGCGGUACAUCAAAAUGGACUGUAAUACAACACAAGUAAUAAUUUUAGUCGUUGUACUUUUCUUGGUAUACCCAUCGGAUACAGGUGAACACAACAUUAUGAAACGAAAUGUAGCACAGUUAGCUUAUGAAAUAGUACAUUAUUGUGGAUGGGUACAGGGUUCUGAAUUGAUGGAUUAUGGAUGUUAUUGUGGAAAAGGCGGUCAUGGAGAACCUAUGGAUAACUUAGAUAGAUGUUGUAAAGCCCAUGAUGACUGUUAUGUUAAAUUGGAGCAAAAACAUUAUUAUGUUAAUUGGUAUAAUUAUCAGUUGAAGACGAAGACUAUAGAAUGUGAUGAUGCUCUUGAAACCGAUGACAGAAAGUUGUGUGAGUGUGAUAAGAUUUUACUUGAAUGUGUUUUACGGAAUGAAUACCAUAGUGAACAUCAUAAUAACUGUUCAGCUGACAAUCCUCUAUACAAAAAGUAAAAGCUUAUAUUAUGGAUGAAAUUGUUUACAUUAGUAUUUGUAUUCUUAUUAUCAUAUUUGAAUUAUGUAAAUGAUAUGCAAAUAGUAGUCGCAUGUCUUUGUGUUAUAUGUUAAUGAUAGUUUUGGUUUGACAAGACAUAUUUAUGUUGAACAAAGGACACAUUAUUCUUUGUAAAAAAUUCGGAUUGUAACACACAUUUAUCUGAAAUCACUCUGCAUGUACAUUAAGAUAAUGCUUAAUUUUCAUACGCCCGUCAAAAUUUUGACGGGACGUAUUAUGGUAUACAAAUGUCGUCUGUCCGUCUGUCCGUCCGGCGUAAACAUGUCGCACCGUAACUUGGAACGUCUUAUCUAAAUUUCAUGAAACUUAACAUAGUUGUUUCUUAUGAUAGUCAAACGAUCUGUAUACUUUUUGGUGAAAAUCAGAUUAAAACUUUUUGAGUUACGGGACUUAGUAACUAAAACAGGUGUGUGUUUUUUUCACAUGUCGCGCCGUAUCUCAAAAACAAUUUAUGAUUAUUGCUUAAAACUUUACACACUUCUUAGUUAUAUUAAUCUUAAGAUCUGUAUAUACUUUUUGGUGAUGAUUCAAAAUUUUAUUUUAGAGAUAUUGAGUAUUUUGUCAAAAAGGGGGAGGGUUUUUUUCACAUGUCGCGUCGUAUCUCAAAAACAAUUUAUGAUUAUUGCUUAAAUUUUACACACUUCUUAGUUAUAUUAAUCUAAAGAUCUGUAUACUUUUUGGUUUUGAUUCAAAAUUCUAUUUUUGAGAUAUUGAUUUUUUUUUAAAAAGGGGGGUUUUCACAUGUCGCGCCGUAUCUCAAAAACGAUUUAUGAUUAUUGCUUAAAAUUUUACACAUCUUCUUAGUUAUAUUAAACUUAAGAUCUGUAUACUUUUUGGUUUUGAUUCAAAAUUUUAUUUUAGAGAUAUUGAGCUUUUUGUAAAAAAAAAGGGGGGGGGGGGGGUUCGCAUGUCAGGCCGUAUGUCAGAAACUAUUUAUGAUUAUUGCAUAAAAAAUCACACACAAGACGACGGGCGUAUCAUGCGCUUAUGGCGCAGCUUUAUUAAUUCCUGGUAUACUGUAGCGAUAUGAAGACGUGUUUUUCACUAGAAUAUCGGCGUCAAUAUGAUUUCCAGACUCAUCUUGCAAACACUUUCUUUAUUCAAAUGACCUUGAAGUUCCCCAAAAAAAUUCGAACUUUCCUUUUUAUUCUAUACCCUUUAUUCCGCUAGGAAUAAAUACUGUAAUAUUUUUACCUGUGACAAUAAUAUAUUAGGAUAUUUUUCCUCUUGGAACUUCAUUCGGAAGGAACUUUUAUUUCAUGACAAAUGUGUACCCUACUCGACAAUUACUAUUGUAAGCGUAUCAUUAUGAAUCAAUUCUAUCUAUUAAAAAUCUCUUAUA